CGUUUUAACAAUUGAGAACAGACCCCAACAGUUCUUCUCUGUCGGCGAAAUUCUUAUUUAUUCAUUUUUCACUUUCAUUUCCUCUCCAUACUCUUUUACUUUUCUUCUUUCUCCGCUGAAAAUUCUGAUACAACUCUUAGUCUGUCUACACACUCUUCUCCUCUAUCUUUCCCAUCCCUCUGUCUCUCAGUUACGUUUCUCACUUAUCUUCUCACCCUUUUUUUCUCUCUCCCUCAAACACUCUCUCUUUUGUAAGAAAGAGAGUGCUGAAAAAUAUAUAAGCCAUGGAAAUUGACCAGUUAAGGUCUGCAACAGAAGAUCAGAUGGAAAUGAUGAUGCUGAUGGACAAGCUUCCCGAGUUCUACGAUUCCUAUAACGAUGUUGCUGAUCAUUUAUCCCCAACAGAGUUUCUUGCUGCAAGUGCAAGUAAUAUUUCCAUCUCGCAUUUCAACACUGAUAACCCACACAAUGCUAGCUCACCUCCAUUUAUGAACCUACAAUCCACUCUAUCUUCUAAUAGUAACAGCACCCCGACUCAAGACCAAUCCCCGCAAGAUUUCUUUCCCAGUCCAUCUUCGUCAAGAUGGAGAGGUCUUGGUGAAUUACCGGAGGCAAAUGAUUAUGCUACACCAUCACAAAAGAAGAAUUCAAUGGCAACAAUGAGGGAGAUGAUAUUUCGAAUUGCCGCCAUGCAGCCAAUUCAAAUAGACCCAGAAUCAGUGAAGCCACCAAAACGUAGGAACGUGAAGAUAUCAAAAGAUCCGCAAAGUGUUGCUGCACGCCAUAGAAGAGAACGGAUAAGUGAGAGAAUAAGGAUACUUCAAAGACUAGUCCCUGGAGGGACUAAAAUGGACACUGCCUCUAUGUUAGAUGAGGCAAUUCAUUAUGUUAAGUUCUUGAAGACUCAAGUGCAGUCACUUGAGAGAUCUCAGGCUAAUAGGCCAACAACAACAACUGGGAUUGGAUUUCCUGUGGCAAUGACUAGCGGGAGUUACCUUGCAAUGGGAAAAGGAUAUCACCAACCGCCUGCUCGUCGUCGUCAAAAUGUUCAGAAUUAUGGUGAUGCUUAGCUCAUGAAGGGAGUGAUGAACGACAGCAUAGUUUUGGGAUAAGAAAGCAUCUUGGUUUUCCUCGGAAAUGAUUGCGCGAAGAUUUGAUGAGAUGGGAGGUGAUGGCAUCGCCAUUGUCGAGGGAGCAUGAGAAAUCCACGUGAAAAUCUGACAAAGAGGUGGGCUUUAUUUUUCAAACGUGGCAAGAUGAUGACGUCGUUGGCCGCCUUGACACGUGAAACUCAAUCUAGAUGGUCAACGUAGUUGGACUUUUUCUCCAACUUCGAUCUCCAAGCCUGCGUUCCGCAUGUGAUUUAAGGUAAUAGCUAUCUGGAAAAUCGUCCAGAGUUUCC